AUGAAGGCAUACUGGUUCGAUAACCUUGAAGGCGACCAACGCCUACCUCACGACUCUGGUCGCUCGGUUGACCCAGACUAUCUGCAGAAACUAGGCGUCGUCUACUACCAUGUCCCCGAAGUGUCUGGCGUUGACGAGAUUGCUACAUCUCGCAACUACAAGAACCGGGAUGAGGUUACGAUCAGCCCCGAGAAGAUGGGGGACAUUUACGAGGAAAAAGUGAAAACUUUCUUCAGUGAGCACCUGCAUGAGGACGAGGAGAUUCGCUACAUUCUUGAUGGUGCCGGUUAUUUUGAUGUCAGGAGUGAGGGCGACGAUUGGGUCAGGAUUUGGCUUGAGAAGGGUGAUUUGAUCAUCUUGCCGAGUGGCAUCUAUCAUCGCUUCACCACUGAUGAGAACAACUACACCAAAGCUAUGCGAUUGUUCAAAGAUGAGCCCAAGUGGACGCCACUCAACAGAGGCAAAGAGACAGAUGAGAACCAGUACCGAAAGGAAUAUCUGAAGUUCCGACAGGGUCUUGCUGCGUAAUUGAGAUUAAUCCAAUCAACUCCGAGAUUAGCUAUUGUUGAUUUCCUCAUAAAACCAUUUUCCUUCUUUAACUCCCGGCUUCUACCGGGUCU